UAGGUCUGCAAACCGUUUCCGCGAGGUGCCUCGGUGCCGCUGCGCGCAGCCUUCGGGCCCCAUUCAAGUCCCUGACCCGAGCCCGUGUGCGCGCUCUCUCUCUGCUUCUUCCUUGCCGGCGCUUCUGCACCGAAUGGACGCUGGACGCUGACGAUGCAUGGCUGCAGGAUCCUGCGUGUCCUCUCCGCGUCGCUGCGCCUCGAGGGCGACUUUGACUUUAGAGCGCUGGCCAAGGCGACGCCCGGCUACGUCGGCGCCGAUCUCGUCGCGCUCACCGCUGCCGCCGGCAUCCUGGCCGUCAAGCGCAUCUUCAGCGACAUGGGCAACGGCGGCCCGCUGCAGCUCGAGGCAAGGACAAGCCAAGGCGACGUGGAGAUGGCUGAGCAGAAGGAGACGGACGCCGUGGGCACCGCCGCCGCCGCCGUGGAGCCUGUGCCUGCGCCGACACCGGCGGCUCCUUCGGCAGUGGCCCGCGCCACGGCCUCCUUCUUCGAGGCCAUGCCCGCGGCGCUGGCCAACUCGUCGAUUGCCACCUUUCUGCGCACGCACCCCAGCGCCCUGAGCGCCAGCGAGCUCGCGCCGCUUAGCAUCACGGGCGCCGACUUUGCCGCGGCGCUGCCGUCGGUGCAGCCGUCGUCGCAGCGCGAGGGCUUUGCCACCGUGCCCGACGUGACGUGGGCGGACGUGGGAGCGCUGCACGAGACGCGCGACGAGCUGUGCAUGGCCAUCGUCGAGCCCAUCCGGCGGCCCGAGCUCUUCCGCGCCGUCGGCGUCAGUGCCAGCUCGGGCGUGCUGCUCUGGGGCCCGCCGGGCUGCGGCAAGACGCUCCUGGCAAAGGCCGUGGCAAACGAGAGCGGCGCAAACUUCAUCAGCGUCAAGGGCCCGGAGCUGCUGAACAAGUACGUCGGCGAGAGCGAGCGCGCGGUGCGCCAAGUCUUUGCGCGUGCCCGCACGUCGUCGCCGUGCGUCAUCUUCUUCGACGAGCUCGACGCGCUGGUGCCGCGGCGCGACGAUGCGCUGUCCGAGUCGUCGUCGCGUGUCGUCAACACGCUGCUGACGGAGCUCGACGGCCUCGAGGCGCGCGUGCAGACCUACGUAAUCGGCGCGACGAAUCGGCCGGACAUGAUCGACCCGGCCAUGUGCCGGCCCGGGCGCCUCGACAAGCUGCUCUACGUCGACCUGCCGCGCGCCGACGAGCGCCUCGAGAUUCUGCGCACCCUCACCACCCGCACGCCGCUCGCGGCCGACGUGGACCUCGAGGCCGUGGCGCUCGACGGGUGCGCCGACGGCUACUCGGGCGCCGACUUGGCCGCGCUGACGCGCGAGGCGGCCGUGCUGGCGCUGCGCGAGGCGCUGCGGCGUGCUCCUGCCGCGCCUUCUGCUGCUGCAGGCACAGGUCUCGGCAGCGAGAGCCGCAGCAGCGCCGUCGACGGCGUCGAGGUGUCGCAGACACACUUUGCCGCCGCGCUGGCAAAGGUGGCGCCGAGCGUCAGCAGCGCACAGCGCGCACGCUAUGCGGCCCUGCGCACGCGCCUGGCCGGCACGCCUGCCGGUGCGGGCGCUGGCGCUCGCGCAGCCAAGCGUGCGGCAGCCGACAACGGCGCCGAGCGGCCGCGACGCUUUGGCGGCGAUGGCGAGGCCGACGGCAGGGGAGAGGCGCCUGCACUGGCAUAGCCGCAGCGCGUCCGGAGCACAUCUAGAGUCAAUGAUACCCCUUGAAGCAGCCCUCCUCCACACUGAGUGCUUUGACAUAGAGGUAUGCUUGCUACCACAACACGGGAACUCCAGCCAGGCCGGUGUUCAGUGCCGCAAGCGUACCGGGCGCCCAGGCUCGGUACCUAGCCUCGGC